CAGUUAUCAGGUCCUAUCGUUUCGGGUAUACAUCAGAUAGUACAGUGCGUGCAAAUGCGCGAUUAUAACAUGGCCCUUCAGUACCAUUCACAGAUUGUUAACAUGGGCAGUUUCAGUGAGAUAAGCAGUUUUGGGCCUAGUGUUAAGGUAUUUAUUUUCUCUGCGUGUGUGUGUUUGUUUGUGUGUGGUGUGUGUGUGUGUUUCUGUUUAUGUAUGUAUGGAGUGUUUACGUAUGUGUGUUUGUAUGUUUGUUUGUAUGUAUGUAAUUUUCAUAAUCAUAAUUUUAAUCAUUUUCAAUCAUUUUCUGACAGGUCCUUUUACAGACAGCCAGCCAGCUACAAGUCUAUCUCUGAUUAA